GCGACAGCAAACAAAUGAGACCGAUUGUUUGACAAGUGAUUUUUUUUUAUAUCGUUGUUGUAGCGGUGCAACUUGUUUCACUAUUGCAGAAAUGUGCUUCUUCCUUGGCUCCUAAGAAGAUUUGUCCGAGCAGGUUGUGAGAAGACCACCCAAGGAACUGAAUGCUUGUUGGUACGGUGUAUGUUCACAAAUCCGCCAAUCCGAAGUACUGCUUAGGGAAGCAUAGGCGGAGCAGCAAGGCCUAGUCCCUGAGACUCUACAUUCUCCACCAUCUGAGAGACUGGGGUGACUCAUCUAGAGUCCAUCCACUGGGGAGCUCCAUGGUUCAGGGCCCCUGAAGGGCUGGGACCAGCACUGAGGGCCAGAGGCAGCUGUGGUGAGAUGGGGUAGGGGCUGAGGACAGAGGCAUGGUUCAUAACGGCUCAGGUGGGCACCUGCCGGCACAGGUGGGCACCAAUGGCCGCUCUUCUGAGAGGAAGAGGACACCGAAGGCAUGUGAAUGCUGUGGGCCCAACUCCAAGCUCCAUGAUGGGAAGGCCCCACAUGGGAAGAAUCCGGGUGGCAAGUCCCGACAACGCAGGGCCCAGCCGGGCAAGGGCCAGGCACUGGGGGAGACCCCUAAGAGAAAGGGUGGUCGCCCAUCUUAUAAGAAGACCCUGAUGACAGAGGAGCAGGUAACAGCUAUCCGAGAGGAGCUGGAGAAAGACUCUGCUGUGGAGCAGGUAACGAACUCUUUGGCUUCACCUGUAACCAACUCUGUUGAUCAACCUCAAACUGUAACAAACUCUAUGGGUCAACCCUUAUUGAAUUCUAUGGGUCAGAAGUUAACGUACACUGUGGUUAAACUGGUGAAUAAGUCUGUGGUUCAACCGGUAAUGACAUCAGUGGUUGAGCAUUUUGCUGAUUCAAUGAUAGAGCAGGAGAGAGCCUGUGAAGGGGCUGUGAGUGAGGGGGAGAAGGCCACUGGUUCUGGUUCAGUCAAACAGCCGGUUAUAGACCCUAAGAUGGAGGUCCUAAAGCAGCCCCCACCCCAGGCUGGUGACCCAGCUGUCUUCCUUUCCAACGGUACAUCAGCUGUCAUCAAAGAGGAACCAACAGACUGUAGCGCCCCUAUGGAGGUGGAACCAUCAGCCAUAGCCUGUGUUUCCCCAGGCAUUAUUCUGUGCAGCACCCUCCACCCAUUUGCUCUGUGGGACCACCGAGGUUACUGCAAGAUAGGAGUGUGGGCUCCUAGACCUGAGCAGGGAAGUGCCACAGACCCAGCACAGCAGUCCCAGCCAUCACCACAACAACCCAAACCAGAAGAGGGCAUCCAUGAAGGAAUCAGAGACCUCAUCCAUGAGUUCCUGGAGCUUUUCUAUGUGACGUACGGGAGUUUCAUCCCCCUCAGUGAGACUGAUGUCUUGGAGCACCUGAAGAACAAGUGUAACACGGACUUCAAUGACAAGAAGCUAAACAUCCAUUUAGAAGUUUUGAAGUACAAAGCGGGUCUAGCCUCCAUCCCUAUGAACUGCUUUAAAGUGGACUACAACAAGCACACUCUGACCCUGGAGGACCUGUCCACACUGGACGAUCAAAACUGGGUCAACGACCAGGUGAUAAACAUGUAUGGCGAAUUGAUCAUGGAGGCUACAGAGCACAAGGUUCAUUUCUUCAACAGCUUCUUUCACAGGCAGCUGGUGGCCAAAGGCUAUGAAGGGGUUAAGAGAUGGACCAAAAAGGUGGAUCUGUUUUCCAAGAGUCUGCUGCUGAUUCCUAUCCACCUGGAGAUCCACUGGUCCCUGAUCACAGUAGACAUGGCCAACCACCACAUCCACUACUAUGACUCACAGGGCAUCGUCUUCAAAUACACCAUAGAGAACAUCAUGAGAUACAUCCUGGCUGAGGCGAAGGAGAAGAAACAAGCUACCUAUCAGAAUGGCUGGAAGAUGAUUAUAAACAAGGGUAUUCCUCAACAGAAGAACGACAGUGACUGUGGAGUCUUCGUAUUGGAGUACUGCAAGUGCCUGGCUUUAAAAGAACCGCUGCAGUUCACACAGGACGACAUGCCCAACGUCCGCAAGAGGAUUUACAAAGAGCUCUGUGACUGUAAACUGAGUGACUGACUGAUCACAGCUGAGAAAGUACACCUGCCUUUCCAGUGAACCAUGGGUUAACAACUGUUUGACCGUUAUUGUACAAGGGCCAUUAACACUUUAAAAACACUACUGGAGCCAAGGAGAAACUGAAGGAACUGCUGUAGAGACAAGACAUUUGACUGGUGACAGUCUUUUCUUCAGAGGGCCAGCGGUGCAUAUUCUGCAAUAAUUAUUAUUGUUUUUUUUUAAUUGCCCUGUUUUUAACAUCUUUAACGGGAGAGAGGGACCUGAGACUUUGCAUUCCUUUGGGAGUUGAAGUCCACAAAGUUUCCAUUGUUGACUGACUGACCUGGGUCUGGAGCUAACGCUGCUACUAUGUUUCAGAUGCCAGUAACGGACCUGUAUGUGCUGAUACCGUUUCCUAACUUCAGUUCUUGAAAUGUAAACGGCAGAUUAUAUGGGACAUUAGGUGAAAUGUGAAGGUUCUUGUUAUAUCAUGUAAUCUCCGCCUGACUAGUGCUGUACAGAACAAGAAGACUCAUCAAAGGCUAGCUUUUAAUUGAAUGUACUGUUUUGUUACAACUUAAUCUCAAACCGCUCUCUUGGGCUAGAUUCAAUCUGUAUCACGGAAGAUCCGCAUUUUUAAAGGUAAUUUCCAAUUGAGCUGACAUGCCGCAUUUACGUGACUGCAGUCUCUGCGAACGCGGGAACAUUGCCUUGAAAUGUAAAUCGAGCUAUAACGUGGAUCUUUCCCGCUAGGGAUUGAAUCCAGCUCUUAGUUCUUGUGAAACUCCUUCGCAUCAAACAGCAGUUGAGACAAGGGCUUAGAUUCAAUGUGGAAGAUCCGAACUAUAGGGAGACUGCCUUUUUAAAGUUCAAUGUUUCCGCAUUCGGUAAACAUUGCAUAUGUCGGCUCAAUCAAAAUUACAUUUACAUUGCGCCAUUACAUGGAUCUUUCAGGAGUUAAGUGGGAGAUAUUUAGUUCCAAUUGGCCAUGCUACUCCACUGAAAAUGGCUUCAUAAACACCGCUCUUUCUGCGUCUGUCAAAUACUGUACACCUUAUUGUUUUUGAACAGCAUAUCUUGACAUGGUGUACUGAGGAAGAAGUAAUGCCUUUUUUUGUAUGAGGGGCUGGCAAGCUAUGGUUCUCAUUGGAGGACCACCAAGCACUUGCGCUGACUCAGUUGGUGUCAGUUACCCAUCUGAGGGAGCUGGUCCACAGACUGGGUGUAGUUGGGGAAACGCUGCUGUAGAACAUGCUAAAGGAAUCCCAUCUAUACCGUUUCAUUCAAGCACACUAGGUACCAUUAGAGAUCAUGUUCACAGCAUUCUCUGUACUAGGGUUAAAUCUGUUUAAUCUUCGUUGAGAGAGACCUUUUGGUUUUUAUUUGAUGUUCUUGAUUUAAGCUGCUGUGGUAAAACCUAAAAUAUUGUAUUGCAAUAUCUUGAAGUAAUACAGGGUUGUACUUACAAAUGGAUACCCAGAGGGGUUAAAUUGGGAUUCUCUAGAUGUGAAAACUGUCCUCAAAUUUCAUGUUAAUGGAAGUUCCCAAUGUAUGUGUCUCAUCCUAAGUGGUGGCACAGUUUCCUUUCUAAGUUGACCCCUGAAUACAUUCAUACACAUGA